AUGGCUGCCCAAUCUGAUAAGAACGUUUCGUGUUUCCGUGUAGUUUCUAAUGACGAUAAAUUUUUUUACGCUAGAACAUUGUGGCAAAUCUAUCCCCUACUAGAUUUGACAGCUCCUGAUGAAAAAGCUGUAUGUGAAUUAACAGUUACUGACUGUAAAUCCUUUUGGACGACAACGUUGACUAUUUCUGAUUUAAAACAGAUUAAACCAAGUGGUAUUCCUGAUGUUUCAAAAUUCUGCGGAGCAACACAGGCAUCAUUAUCGGGACAAGAAGAGUAUGAAUCCUACAAAUUAUCAUGUCGAGUUUCUGUUUCAGAAAAGUAUGCGAGGUUCGUAUGGAGAUGGUCGAUUCCGAAUUCUUCCAAUGCACCGACUGUACAAUUCAAUAUCGGAAAUGCUACAUUGGCUCCCGUUUCUCAAUUUGAAAAUGUUAAGAUGUGGCAAGAGUGGAUAGAUUUUUUUAUUCACGAGCGAAAACAGCUUAUGACUAAAAGUACAGCAAUUGAGACGCGUUUAUCUAAUUUAGAAGCUAUUCGUGGUAGAAUGCAAGAGAGAAUUGAGAUUAUGGUUGCAGAAAAGGUUAAUCACGAAACAAUCUUAAUGGAAAAGGUGUUACUUAUUUUUCUUUCUGAUUUGACAAGAAAAAUUGUGCCCAGUCAACAAACACAUUCGCUGGAGCUUUCAGAUGAUGAAUUCACUGACGAAAUUGAUCCCAAUUCUAACAUGAGUAAUGAAGAAAUUGAAGCCAGCCAUUUCAAAAAGCCAAGGCUAGAUGAUAAUGCAGAACAAACGGCAUCCAUCAUUGAUGACGAACCAGCUAAUAAUAAGCAAUCAGAUGAAUCUCUUUUGACUAAAACUUUUCGCGGCACAGUUAUUAAAUCUAGAAGAAUGGGUAAAAAGCCUACCACUGCGUCUAAAGAUACUGCUUCAAUUGAUCAGUUUUUGGACCCGAGAAAGAAUCCGAACAUCAUUCCGUCCCAAGAUCUCUUACAAGAAGCCGGUAGCGAUUCUGAUUCAGCUAACGAUUUAUUAUCUAGAAUUUCGUUUGCGGCUAAGCUAAGAGGGGAUUCAUUACCGCAGAAGCCCUUGAAACCUUCUGAAAUGGCGAAGAAAUGGGAAAAGAGGCCAGAAGGUUUACGAACAAGUAUUCCUCCAGUGUCCAAGGGAAGAAGCACUAAUCUUAUCGAGAUCAAAAAUCUACCAUAUACAGUGAUCCCUCGUGAUAUCAAGAUGUUAGCGGGUGAUACUUCUAAGAACGUGAGUUCUAUCAGUGAAAUUACUUUCCUUCGUAACAAUUAUUAUCAGCUUACAGGUUCUGUUAUGAUACGUUUUCAUACCGAUAAAGAUGCAGAGCGAUUUAUAACAAAGAAUUCCAUGACGUCUUUUUGCGGUCAUAAAUUGGAUAUUGUUACGCAUUCGAAAUCUUAUGUGUUUCCGAAAAAAUUACCACCACACAUACGUAGAGAACCGGGGAAUUGCAUCAUUGUGUCUGGUUUUCCACUUAAUAUUGCAAUUGACAGUAUAAAAGAAACCCUUGUAUCAGAUUUUCCUGGCAUCUCAAAUACACUCUGCGAACAAUUUACACCAUUACCAGUUUCUGGAGUUACGCCUAUGUCAUCCAAAUGGUUACUUGUAUUUAAAACAAAACAAGAAGCAUACCAAAUGGUAAGAAAAUUGCAUAAUACUUAUUUUAGAAGAGAUCUAAAUGAUAAGAAAUAUCUAUUAAAAGCCAGAGUAGUUUAUUAA